AUGCACUCGCCUCACGAUACCAGAACCUCGAACCGCGAAGGAGAGAUGAGCGAGGACCCCAAAUCCCUUUCCAUAGACACUUCGUCUGUUGAUUACGACUAUCUCGCAAGAUCUCCUCUGCUCGAACAUGACCAUGGGCUCAGCUCGUCUGGCCUGCCUCGCAUCCGACAAUCUUCGAGAGCUCCUUCUCUCCCCUUUGCCUUGACAUCUUCGUCUUCGAUACAGCCGCCGUCCCAGUCACAGCAAAAUAAUAAUAAUAAUCAUAAUAACAGCAAAUCCACCAUACCAUCCACAUACCCGUCUGACGGCACAGUUUCGCCGGGUGUCGAAGACCUCUACCGAUUUCCAUCAGAGUCACUGCACUCCUUUUCCUUCGCGAAGCAAUCGGACGACCUGCUAAAUAAUCGACAGAAUCUCCUGAAGCGGUCCAUCGAUUUUCUCCGGGACCGAAUUGGGCUGGCUGCAAACGACUCGGGUCAGACUGAUGGCCCAGCCCAAAUGAGCGAUGAAAACGAGAUACAGUGGAUGAUGGACAUACUCUCCCGUUCAAACCUGCUGGGCAGUUAUGAUGCAGCUAACUACUCUGUGGGACCGGCUACGGGGCCGUCAGUUCCCGAAGGAGGAGGGAAUAUCUUCGACCGUGCCUUCGGAGCCUAUCAAACAUACAGUCCUGCAGACAUCAGGUCUCCACAGGAUAGGUUCACUGGCAGGGAGCAGCAACAUUUGAGUCCAGUGACGUCGGAGCGAGCAACGCCUCGCGCGAGAGGCAGAAAGUCCGCUCCAUCGUCAAGACGAGUUAGUCUGAAGAGGACAUAUACAGAUAUCGGAUCCCUGUCGCAGCACGGUAAGUCCAUGGGCGCCAUAACAGAGCCAUACUCUGCCGUGGAAUUCCAUUCGAACCGGAGUACCUCGUCCUUUGGCUUUGGGUGCAUGACGCCCACCAUGCACGUCCACAGCGGCAAAUCAUCGCUUCCUACGCAGGCUGUGUUUACUACAGAAACCAAGCCUAAGUGGACUAUCCUUGCAGCCAACGAUCUUGCGUGCCUCAUAUUUGGAGUUACACAGAGUGAAUUCAGGAAGAUAAGCAUUCUAGAUUUGAUUCAGAGAGAAAGAAGAGAGUGGCUGGCGUCGAAGCUUCAAGGUACACAGAUCCCGACGCCAGAGUCAGAAUACCGCCAUGAGGAAUCACCUCGCAAGGCGGCUCCCGGUAAGCUAUUCGGCCUGGGAAGCGGCGUUACUGCACAGUUACUGAGCAAACCACCGUCCCGAGUUACGCGAAAAGCAAACGCUUUGAAUAGCUCCCCGUCUUCAAGCGCUACAAGUGAUAGCGGCAACGGCAACAACGGAACCAAACAACCCAAGAACCCCAAUCAUUCAUCCAAAAGAUCGCGUGGAGUGCUACUUUGCGGCGAGGUCGUUCCUAUCCAGAAGAGGAACGGCACAACGGGUUCAGCAAGUCUCUGGGUGAUGGAGAAGAGAGGAGGGUUGAUUUGGGUUGUUGAAGAAAUAACUGAACACGCUGUUACCAUGGAAUUCGAUGAUAGAGGCAGAGUGACCAGCGUCAGCGGCGAUACUGAACAGAUAUGGGACCGAAUGAUUAUUCAAAAGGGUUCUUCUAUCUUCAAGCUCCUACCUAAUGUGCCCGAGCGGUUUCCGACAGGCUGCGGAAAGCCUGACUUCUCUAAGAUCAACGAACAAAGACACUUCACUGCAUUUGGCGCCCGGGAUGACAACAGCAUCCCACUGACCUUGACGCCUGUCUCUGGAUCUCAUGCUUUCCGCAUAUCUUGCUUCCCGCAUAUCGCUGGCAUGAUGGUACUCUGUGCCAAAACUCUAAAGAUCAUCAGCGCCAACUCGGCGUUCACUGCUACUUUGUUCGGCGACCCCAAAACAGAGGGUUCCCAGGUUAUGGACCUGUUACCACAUUUUGACGAAUUUCUCAACAUUCUGACUGAGCAGGACGACACUCCCCUUGUGGACGGUGUGGUUAUUUCGGAACACGGAUUCCGCAGGGCUCGAGCCUUAUUCAUGAUGCGGCAUAGUGAAUCAAAAUUGUCCAUGACAGAUCUGCGACCUGUGGGUCUGCCGGCGUGCCAUAAAGAUGGUUCGAAGCUCACGGUCGACGUGCAGAUGCGGGUGGUUAAGAGUAAAUGUGCGCUACCUGAGAACAGCAAGCCUACUGCUGGGUCCGACCAGAGCAGUUCGUCCGAGGGAGAGAACAGCAGCAAUGCCGUGCGGUCUACGGAGGAUGUGUUUGCACUAUGGGUAUCAUAUUCUAGGCAGCUUCAUUCACCUACGGAGGAUGACAUGCUCUGUUUACCCAACAAAGCUAGGAAAGUGUCUGAGGUUCCACCCAUAUCUCCAGGCCAGGUGUCUCCCGUUCUAUCGGCUCAGAGAAUACCACAGGUUGAGUCGCCGUCUGGGGAACCCUUAUCCCAGUCAUCUCUCUUGACUCAACAGUUGACAGAGGCUGCAUCUGAGCCUCUCGUUCCACAGCCUCUGCAACGGGCAGCAGAAGCCAGGGUGGCUGUUCCUGCGAAUGACGACGUCCCAACCAAGAAGAGCAUAUCCGACUACGUAAUCUUGGAAGAUAUGGGAGAAGGCGCUUACGGACAGGUGAAACUGACCCGGUCCAGACGAGACCCGUCGAAAAAGGUUGUCCUCAAAUACGUCACCAAGAACAGAAUUCUGGUCGACACAUGGACACGAGAUAGGGUCUUAGGUACGGUGCCGCUGGAAAUCCAUGUUCUAAACUUCCUACGCCGCGAAGGCAACCGCCAUCCAAACAUUGUUGAGAUGGAAGGUUUCUUUGAAGAUGACGUCAACUACUAUAUUGAAAUGGUGCCGCAUGGUCUUCCAGGCAUGGAUCUGUUUGAUUAUGUCGAGCUCCGUGCAAACAUGGAGCAAGACGAGUGCCGAAAUAUCUUCUACCAGGUCGCCAGUGCCAUCGACCAUCUACACAACAAGGCGUCUGUUGUCCACCGAGACAUCAAGGAUGAAAACGUCAUUCUCGAUGGCGAAGGCAGGAUCAAGCUGAUUGACUUUGGAAGUGCAGCGUACAUUCGCAGUGGCCCGUUUGAUGUGUUUGUUGGCACCAUAGACUAUGCUGCACCCGAAGUUCUACAGGGAAAACCGUAUCUCGGCAAGGAGCAGGAUGUCUGGGCCCUGGGAAUCCUCCUCUACACAAUAAUCUACAAGGAAAAUCCAUUCUACAACAUCAACGAAAUCAUGGACCACCCACUGCGCGUUCCCUUCUUACCGUUCACUGACGACUGUCUCAAUCUGAUUCGUCGAAUGCUUGAUCGGAAUGUGCAGACGAGAAUAUCCAUUACCGAAGUAAUGAAUCAUCCCUGGAUGAAGCCUGCUGCCAAUGGUAACGGGAAUAGCAAUGGCAGCAGCAACAAGUCCUCCUAG